AUGGAAGAUUUAAUUAAUUCAUUCAAGAGACACCUGAUAGUUAAAAAUGAUUUAAAAGGCAAAAUAUCUAGAUUUUCGCUACGGUUCAAAGAUUCGAAAAUCGAAUCACAAUUUGACCAACAUACAAAUAAAAUACAUGUUCUUAAUAAUAGAGUGUUGAUUUCACUAAUCUUGACAUUCGAGAUUAUUUGGACGGUUUCUAAUUUUUUGACGAAUAGCGGUGUCAUUGUUGCUAGAGACAUUGGCAAUUGGAUAGAGCUCUUCAAUACAACCUGUGCUUUUCUGUUGACUUGGUUAUGGACAUCUACCAAUCAUCUUACCAUUGCAUUCUUUCUGCCGCUGGUGUUCUGUACCAAUAACCUACCAAAGGUAACUGGAUACGAUGACGUAACUUACGACCCUGUCAGUCAGAUUCUUCUUUGGUUGAUGUUUGCUGUUCCCGGUAUCAAGUUUUGGAGAUCAACUAUCAUUUCAUUUACCAGUAUAGCUGCAUUGGUCGUUGUUCGAUUAGUACAAAACAAUUAUGGAGUUACCAGAAUUAUUUUCAUUGAGGGUGCCAGUUAUCUAGUCUAUACUAUUUCUAUUCUAACAGCUUCCAGGUCGAUUGAAUUAAUAGAAAGAGAAUUAUAUCUAAAUAUUCGAAAGGAGUUGGAUAUUAUUAAUUCUAAUCAAAUGCUUCAAACAGGAACAAUAGAAGUUGAAAGAAUAGAAACAAUAGAAGAAAAUCAAAGAGUGGUAGAUGUCAAUAUAGUUCUUAGCAAGAAGGAAAAGAAAGAGAUAAAGAAACUUAAAAAGAAGGAAAAGCAAUUAAAGAAACCGCUAAAGACUUCAAGAAUCUAUAUGAAUUAUAUUAAGGAUUUGAAAUCACAGACCAAAAGAUUCCGUUGGGAAUUCACCGAUGCUCAAAAAGAAAGGGCAUUUGUUGAAUAUUACCGACAUCAUGUCAAUGUUGAAUAUCUUGCAAUCCUUACCAUAAUAUUCUCAUCGACCUACUAUUUAAUUCAGGAUCUUCAGAUUUCAGAAUCCAACAUUCGUUACCUCUUUAUUGCUCUUCGUUUCGCAGGAAUGGUUCCAUUCACUUUUGUACUUAUGUAUCUCAGUUUCCUGAGAAAGACUAGGCCGCAUCUCGCCGACAUCAUAAGUACUAUCUUUAUUAUCAUGCUCAUCGGUAUUUACACGGCAAUGUUUGUCAAGAGUCCAGCAUAUCAGACCUCUCUAUUUUACUUUGGCGGUGUAAUGAGAACUCUCUCUUUUUCUGCCACUCAGUGUUUACUUGUACCAUUCGCAGUUCAAAUGUUGGCACAAAUACCAAUCUUACCGAUUGGUUACUAUUUAUUUGGUGAUCCCAUUGUUGGUCAGAUUCUCAUGUGUGUUUCAUUUAUGGCUAUCACAUACAGCUGGACAUUCAACAAAGAAAAAGUCUUUCGUAUCUCUUUUCUACAGAGAAUACAACUCAAUAAACUCGAGUUUAUGGGUACUAAUACUAUCGAUAUCCAACAACAAAGUAGGAGAAGCAGUGAUGGUAGUGAGAAGAAUUCAAUAUCUACACCAACUGUCCCACCAACAGAAACAGAAAUAAUUGAAAAUAAACAAUUAGAAGUGGAAAUCAUUGAAAAAUAA